UAAAGCUUCUAAUAGGCGCCGUUCCGAUCGUCCACAAGAAAAAAGAUUAGCUAUGGCUGAAGAUGGAGAUGAACUACCGCAACCAAAGCUCAAUGUAUCGGGGUUGAUCGGGCUCAUCGUAUUUUACCUCAUCAUCUUCGCUGCUGGGAUACUUUCCCACAAAGUGCUGAAAAGGAAAUCAAGGAAGCAAAAACAGAAGGAACAAGUUGAAUCUAACGCCGAGGACAUGAUGUUGGCUGGCAGAGACAUCAACUAUUUUGUUGGUAUUUUCACAAUGACUGCCACUUGGGUCGGUGGUGGUUACAUCAACGGAACCACGGAGUCUGUCAUCAAGAAUGGAUUAGUUUGGACGCAGGCCCCCAUUGGCUACUCGAUCUCUCUGUUUCUGGGUGGAAUAUUGUUUGCUGAGAAAAUGAGGACGAUGUCUUUCGUAACGAUGCUGGACCCGCUCCAAAUUAAGUACGGGAAGCCACUUGGAGCACUCUUCUACAUCCCUGCCUUCUCCGGAGAGAUCCUUUGGUCUGCCUCAAUCCUUGCUGCUUUGGGAACAUCUCUUCGAGUGAUCUGUGGUAUCAACGAUACUGCUUCUAUCAUCGUCAGUGCUGCCAUCGCAAUGACAUACACUCUGUUUGGAGGACUAUACUCGGUAGCGUUUACGGAUAUCAUCCAGCUGAUUUGUAUCUUCGUCGGACUGAUAUUCUCCAUUCCCUGGAUGACUGGCCAUGACGCUGUGACAGUGCCACUGCAGGCUAGCAAUGUCUCUAUGUUUGGACCAGAUCAGCCGUACUCGAAAUUCUAUGGAAAGUUGGAGAAAAACGAUGUGGGAGUUUGGAUUGAUUACGCCAUUAUGCUGAUCUUCGGAGGAAUCCCAUGGCAAGCAUACUUCCAGAGAGUGCUGUCCGCAAGAAGCGUCAGUGUUGCUAAAACACUUUCUUUCUGCGCUGCGUUCGGUUGCUUCUGUGCUGCAAUCCCCUCCAUUGUCAUCGGAUUGAUUACAAUGAAUACUGACUGGCCAAACACAGAGUACGCUCAGAAGCUGGUGAAGGAUGACUACAAACUGGCAGUACCACUGACUCUGCUCUAUCUUACUCCCCCUGCUGUUGCCUUUAUUGGUCUUGGUGCAGUCAGUGCUGCUGUGAUGAGCUCCACUGAUAGUUCUAUCCUGGGGGUUAGCACUAUGUUCACUAGGAAUGUUUUUGUUAACGUUUUCUAUCAGAAAGCGAGCGAUAGGGUGACAGUUUGGUUCCUGAGAGCCACUAUUCUUGUCAACACUAUUAUUGCUAUGUUGAUCGCCAUUUUCGUCAAAACUGUCUACGGACUCUACCUCAUUUGCAGUGACCUGGUGUUCAUCCUCCUCUUCCCUCAUCUGGUUUUGGUGGUACACUUCCCCCAUCGCACCAACAAGUACGGAAUGGUCCUAGGUUUCUCCAUCGCCCUGCUCCUUCGAGUACUGUCCGGUGAACCAGUUCUGAAAUACAAUGCUAUCAUCAAGUGGGCCGGAUAUGUUGAACCCUCUACUGACAGUUAUGGAGAACCAGUGUACGGUCGACAAAGGUUCCCCUUCCGUAACCUCAUCAUGGCUCUGAACUUCAUCAUUACUUUGUCUACAACCUGGGUGACACAGCAGCUCUUCAAAAGAUACCCUCAUCUGCUGAAGUACGACUUUUUGGACGCCCAGAGUAUGCCUGUCAGUCCUAUGACACCCGUCCAGCCCGAGAUCAGGCAAAAGGAAACAUCAUCGUAGAUGUAACAUGCGAUACAUCUACUUAGUCGUGCUUUCCUAAAUUCCUAGCACUGUCGGCUGUAAGUGUAGCUGAUGAUCAAGGAGAAUAAAAGAAGAUUGGUUACAUGAGCUUGCCGGAUGUAUAUCUCAAUUACGUAGCUUAGUGUUCAACUAACUUAUAAUUGUCGCUGUGGGCCUGCCACUGUGGGCCUACCGCUGUGCGCCUGCUGCUGUGCGCCUGCUGCUGUGCGCCUGCUGCUGUGCGCCUGCUGCUGUGGGCCUGCUGCUGUGGGCCUGCUGCUGUGGGCCUGCUGCUGUGGGCCUGCUGCUGUGGGCCUGCUGCUGUGGGCCUGCUGCUGUGGGCCUGCUGCUGUGGGCCUGCUGCUGUGGGCCUGCUGCUGUGGGCCUGCUGCUGUGGGCCUGCUGCUGUGGGCCUGCUGCUGUGGGCCUGCUGCUGUGGGCCUGCCACUGUGGGCCUGCUGCUGUGGGCCUGCUGCUGUGGGCCUGCUGCUGUGGGCCUGCUGCUGUGGGCCUGCUGCUGUGGGCCUGCUGCUGUGGGCCUGCUGCUGUGGGCCUGCCACUGUGGGCCUGCUGCUGUGGGCCUGCUGCUGUGGGCCUGCUGCUGUGGGCCUGCUGCUGUGGGCCUGCUGCUGUGGGCCUGCUGCUGUGGGCCUGCUGCUGUGGGCCUGCUGCUGUGGGCCUGCUGCUGUGGGCCUGCUGCUGUGGGCCUGCUGCUGUGGGCCUGCUGCUGUGGGCCUGCUGCUGUGGGCCUGCUGCUGUGGGCCUGCUGCUGUGGGCCUGCUGCUGUGGGCCUGCUGCUGUGGGCCUGCCGCGCGAUGGCCAUUCUGACCAACCGCACUAAUCUUCUUCAUUAUUAAACUCCCAUACAUACGUUUAAUUCAAUAUGAAUAGACUUAAACAUGUUAAAGUGAUGAUACUUUAUUUUAGUUAGCUAGUUUUGCGCAAUUCGCCAGGUAUAUUCGCGCGUGGCGGGCCUAUACAAUAUACUAUUAUAACGUGAGGCAAAUAUUAAAAUAAAAAUGCAGUUAUUUGGAUAGAUUGUUGAAAGUUUAAGUUCAUUUUAAUCUAAUGAUAUUAGUAUUAUAUUACUUUAACCUUACUGUUUACUAAGUAUUUUUCUGAUUUUGUGA